AGACGGCGCCCCGCCCUCGUUUGUUGCUGCAGGGAAACAGAGGGAAGACAGAGGAGGGGGGAGGUGGAGCGUGAAGGGCGCGAGAGAGCGAGGCGGUGCCGGUGCGGCUUUAACGGAGCCGCUCGUCCCGCGUUUCCUCAGUCAGCUCAGCGCUCCGUCCCGCACAUCGUCAUGGGGCGCUAUAACGGCCAGACAUGCCGGCUGAUUUUCAUGCUCGUGAUCACGGUGAUCUUUUUCGUGGCCGAGAUCGUUGCGGGUUACAUGGGGAACUCGAUCGCGCUGGUGUCGGACUCCUUCAACAUGCUGUCGGACACCCUGUCUCUGUGCGUGGGGCUGGCUGCGGGGAGACUGGCGCGCCGGCCCGCCACUCCGGGCUGCACGUUCGGCCUGGCCCGGGCUGAGGUGGUGGGCGCGCUGGCCAACGCGGCGUUCCUGGCGGCGCUCUGCUUCUCCGUGUCCGCGGAGGCGGUCAAGAGACUCGCGCAGCCGGAGGCUGUGGCCGAGCCGUUCACCGUGCUGAUCGUCGGCUCCCUCGGGCUCGCGGUCAACGUCGUCGGGCUGCUCGUGUUCCAGGACUGGCGGUGGCUGUGCGGGAAGAAGGAGGAGGCGCGCCGGGACGAACCUUCCGACAGCGACGGGAAAAUAGUCAUGAACGGCGAAGCAGGCUCCGAGCAUCCCGCUUCACAACCCCAAGAUAAGAAGCCGAGUGACGGACCACCGCUGAACAUAAGAGGAGUAUUACUCCACGUGCUGAACGAUGCUCUGGGUUCGGUCGUCGUGGUGGUGGCCUCGCUGCUCUUUUACCUACGGCCCCUGCCAGACGGCGAGACCUGUAACUGGCAGUGUUACGUGGACCCUAGCCUGACGCUGGUCAUGGUGGCCAUCAUCAUGUCCUCGGCUGUUCCCCUGGUCAAAGAGACCACCAGAAUUCUUCUACAGAUGAGUCCACCUGACCUGGACGUCCCCAUGAUCUUGGAGGACGUAUGCCGGCUGCCCGGGGUCCUCGGCGUUCACGAAGUGCACGUGUGGGAGCUGGCCAAGGAUCGGAACGUGGCCUCCAUGCACGUCAAAGUGACCUCUGACCUGGAAAGCUCGAAAGGCGAAAUUCGACGCCUCCAUAUGCGGAUCAGAGAGGCGUUCCACCGAGUGGGAAUCCACAGCGUCACGCUUCAGAUGGAGUUCGUCGAUGAGGAGAUGGAGAACAGCCACUGCGACACUCCGUGCAUCUCUGACCACUGCCUAAAGCAAUCCUGCUGUCCCGCCGAUACUAAAACGCACAACCAUACCGACGUCCAUAAAGUCAACGACUCCCGUCCUUCUGGAGAAACGGUCGUGGUCUUCGCGGACGGGAGUAGAGACGAGCACGCAAAACACUCGGACAGCACGCCGUUUUAAACCUUCAGGUCCGGCUUCUCGAACUAAACCGAGCUUUAACGGAGUGUCCCGGGCACGUUCAGAACGACAGCCAUUUUAUCAAACACCCCAAGUGCUAGAACCCACUCAAAUCCAACCUUUUUUUAUUUUUUUAAGCUGACCUGAAUUUUCCCCAGAAUGCGCCGCAAGCAUACAAGUCCUUCAGAUGAUAUUCAUUAAACGUAACCGAAUCUGUCCGUUUAGUUUCAAGAACGCUUGCACUAACUGCUAAUUAUCAGCGAUUAUAUGGCGAAUAUAUUGUUAUACUAGAAGCCAUUACUACUACAACACACCUUACAUUUCAGCACGGUCAACAAGCUGCUAACAAAACCGUAGCUUUGGGUUUUGUUCGGGAAGAAAAUCAGAGUUUGAGAAUACCUUGAACGGUAUUCAAUAAAGGAAAUAUUUAGCAAUGAAAAGGAGGCAAAACAAAAUCCGUUAACAAGUUUAAAAGGUUCAGUAGAACAUUUUAACAUCAAAUACUCAAAGCUCUAUUGAGGUCAUUAAACAUAAAGCUGAAGAUUAUUAAAAAAAAAAAACAAAACAAAACUCAGUAAAAGUAUUGCCCAGCCCUACACGCUAAUUAGCCAAGUUGGUGACAAUGCUAGGAGGCUAUGUAUAAAUACACUGCCAUUGGUCUGCUUUUAAUCAGUCCUCGCUUACCUUGAGCUGGCUUCUACAUAGACCGUAUUUUUAUUUUAUUUAAUCUAGACAUCUUUGCUACAUCCUCAACGGGACAGCAGAAAUACCAUUCCAUCCAACUGUAGUGUUUAGUUUGGUUCCCGUUAGUUGUAGUCUGGAGAAUAAAGCUACCACGGCUCUUAAAGCUACCCUUCAACAUUAUAGAUAAAUAUUAGCGCAGACAGAGUCUUGCUAACUAGCUAGCUAUGGAUUAGCUUUGGUUAAUACGGCGGAGAAACUCCCUGGAACGUUCCAGUUAAAAAUCAGUCCUAAUAAGAAAAUAAGAAACUAGCAGGGAUUUUCGUCCAUUAUAAAAACACACGUUAAGAGGAUCGGUCUUAAUUCCUAUCCGCUUAUUAGCCGAAUCAUUUUCUCUGUGCGAUGUUUAGCUCUCAUACCGUCAGCUUGGUAGGUGAAAGGGCUGGUCUUAACUGCUAACCACAAAUUAGGCAAUUAAUUAGCAGGUUCUUCGCUACAUACUGAAUAAGCUAGCCCUGUGCAAAAUCUGACUAGCAAAAAGUCCCCCAGAAAUCAUCACUUCUCAGAAGGAGUUCUAGCGAGGACUUAUUCAACACUAGAGUUUGGGACACAACUUAAAACCUCGUUCUGUUAGCGUUCCGGUUGGAGAAGACGGAUUAUUCCAGAUACAAAUCCUCAGGGACUAGAAGGACCAUUCCAUAUUUGCGAGUGCAAGCUACUGUAUUUAUUUAACGUCCUGUGCUGUGACUGUGAUGCAAUCAGUUUCUCCCGGACUCUUCAGGUUCGUACGCCGUUCAGACCGUCAUGGAGUUUUGUGAAGAACAAUCGUGCGAUUGAGACGAAACGUGCUUAUGAUCUUAAAUCCCAUGGUGCUGUUUGUUUAUCCCAGUGAGCACCGACUGGACAGAGACGUCCAUCUGCCUUCCAAUUAACACACUUCCUUUCUGGGUCCAUUUUGUGUUGUACAAAAGCCCUGAACCGAGAGUAAACAAAAAACCUUUUUUGUUUUUUUUUUUUUUAAAAAGUGCUGCUAAGUAUUAGUUGGACUUAAUCUCAUUAUUUCAACUUUGAAGCUUGUCGAGAUAGUACGUCAUUAUUUUAACACCUCGUCAUCGUGACCUCUAAAAUGACCCCGAUACUUCAACUUUGUAUUUAAAACACGUCAUAGUCCAUUAGAAUAAUUUACUGAAAGUGAGCAUACGAAAUAAGGAUAAGCUAAUAUUCCAAAAAAUUAGACACUGCAGGGUCAAUUUCAAUGUAACACGAUAUUUAAAGUUCUCGUUUUUUUCUACAUAUAUCUUGAGAUAAAUUAUUAAUCUGUGUGUUUAUUGAGCUGUAAAGUGGGGGUGGGGGGGGGGGGGGAAUCAUUAUUUCAACUUCCUAACUUAUUUCUAAAUAUGGUCAUUAUUUCAACUUAAUAUCUGAUUUUAACUUAACUCAUUAUUUUUAAGCCAUUGUCUCAUUAAUACACCUUACUAUUUUCAAUUGAUACUCAACAGCCCACAAUAAAUACGAUUCAGAGUAAGAAUUAUAAACGAAUAUUCAGUAAGCUUAGUUGAUUCAUAGAUUAUAGGUUGUUAAACAUCAAGUCAAAAAAAAAUAACGACGGGUUUCAAACUAACGAGAUAAAUGAAAACAAGUCAGUAUAAUGAGAUGUGUCCAAAUAAUAAAGCACAUCAACUUUCACAACUUGCAGUUUAAAGGUCUGUCUGGCGAAGACACCUUAUCCACGAGUGCUCACUGGGAUCAUUUGCUAUGGCCUUAAAAUCCCAAACGGAAUUGCUGUACUAUUUUAAUAGCAUCUCAGAUUAUAUCAUUUUCUAUCAGAUCAGCAAUUCCUAACUGAGGUUUUUGGGUAUUUUUUUAAAAUGACGAAAUCAAUACAGCAAGGUCCUAUUUUCGUCUUCUACUUUCGUUUUAUUGUUCAAGCUGUAGGUCAUUGAACGUUCAUCUUUUACCUCAGAUAUUACAGGAACUACACCUUAAUUUUUAGGCAAUGCUAACUACUAUGAAAUAGUAUCAAUCAUUGUAAAUUCAUAAAAUCUUCUAUAGCGUACCUUUAAUUUUUUUUAAAAAAAUCUGCAAUAUGGCAUCGUAUUCAUUUUGGAGAGUUCGCAUUCACACAUUACUGUGACUUUAGAAUGUAAUGUAAAUAUCAAAGUGCACUUUCUAUUCGUUUAGCAGCGUGAGGAAAGAAGGAACUGUCAAAGUAACUAAAAUGUAAGUGUAGCAAGUUACGAUUCCUUCAGAUUUGGUCGUAUGUAGCGAAACCUGCCUUACAACUCUGCUUUCCAGACAGUGUGACACUAGAAACUGGGAACGUCGGCAUGGAAAAUAAUUUGAAAGACAAGUGCUUAUAAUAAAUUACGCAUUAAUAUAAGUGAAUCUAAAUCUCAAGGAGUUUACUUUGCUGUCAGUACAGAUGUACGACUUCAGCUCUUCAGUAGCUGGUCAAAAACCACCAAAGGCAGCAGAAAUCCGGCAUUUUAGCCGAAUCUGGAGCUCUAACCCUGCUACAGAGCUCAUUAUGCUUCAGUCGAUCGUUUUCAAAGUCCCCAAGUCAAGCACUUUGUUUAUUCACAGUUUUUUGAAAAGAAGUGAUCAAUUUAUCUCUUUUUAUAUAGUGAACCUGUAGUACAUUUGAUCAAUAUUAAACCUUUUAUGAACAGAAAUGCACAUUGUUUCACACCGUUUACGAUUCAGAAAUAAACAUGAGUCUGUUCAGAAAAUUCUUCGAGUGUGCUCAAAAUAUUCAAACAGAAUAUUAAAUCGACGAAGCCAUUAUCGUAAACAGAAUCGAAACAUACCCUCUUAUUACAGCAACAACAUUUUCAUCUAUUCUACAGGUCCCUGUGUACGUACAUACUACAUCACUGUGGUUUGCGUUGGUUUAAUCUUUGGCCUACAUUUCUAGUAAACUUUAGUCGAACGCUGUUAACGAUUGGACCACACUAAACACGUUAUGUCUGGAAAGCAGCCGAAUGUCUUAAUUUUAUGCACAACUCAGCUUUUUUUUUUAAAAUAACUUCUAUAUUUGAUUUUUUUUUCUUCUUUUUUUGCAUAAAACCGAAUCAAUAAACUUCA